UUGCAAUUCUUUCUUACAACAUUUUCUCUUACUUUCAAUUUCUGUGUAAAACAGGUACGGUCAUUGGGAAGCGAGAGCUAUGCUCAUAUCCACAAGCAGUUUUCGAUUAAUCGAUUAUUUCUCGACUACCUUAUCUCUACUGUAUUACGGGUUUAUAGUUUCGCGUGUUUGUAAUGUUCGUUUCGUACGUAGUUUCGCAUUGAGAGUGCGGGAAGAUUACGUAUCGAGAAUCUUGUGCCAUCAGUCAUUCCGUCGUAAACGAUAACAAACGUCGCCGAAGUAGCGCUGUAAAAAAAUAUGGCUGCGUCGGCGAAAACUAUGCUGCCCGAGGAGAGCGAACUAACCGUUCAGGAGAUCCAAAUAAGUUGGCCAGCACUUCAUACUGCAUCGGUUUAUAUCGGCAAGGCCUGUGAGUGGUAUAACAAUGAAUUUAUGCUAUGCAGAUCUGAAGAAGGUGACCCACGUCGUUGCCUCAAUGAAGGAAAAGCUGUGACUGCUUGUGCACUAGAUAUUAUGAAAAAGUUGAAGAAGCAUUGUCUGGAAGACUUUAAUACAUAUAUGACUUGUCUUGACAGAUCAUCAGGAACAUUGGAAUUCGCUCCAUGCCGAAAAACACAAGCUGCAUUGGAUGAGUGUGUCCUUAAGAAUUUGAAUAUAGAACGUCCACCUUUCGGUUAUUUCUGUGAAACUAAAAUACAUCAUACAAAAAGGCCACGACCAGAAACAUCAGAAACAACGUUUCCAGACCCGGUUCCUGGAAUUCCGAUCGAUCAACCAUACGAAAAGUCAAAAUACUACAAUCGCUUCUGGUUUAAGAAUUAAAUCUGUCAAUGGAUUACCACUAGUACUUCGGUCGUGCUGUGAAAGUUACAUUGUCGGGCGAUUCAGGUUGAUUCAGGUAACUAGACAAUUAUAGAGAAUCGAGGAUGUGCAAUUUAUAAUUGUGCUUCUAAAUGCCAUAAAAAUAUUAAUUUCUUAUGGAAAUGUAUAAAACUGCCACUGUGUAAUAUUGUUAAUAUAAAUUAUGAACAGUGAGAUAAAUGAUUUAAUUUGCUUGUU